AUGGCUGACUCCAAUUGCUCUUCCACUCAAACUUCUUCACAUUCUGCUGAUUCAGGGAAGCGUGGAUCUUCCAAGGUUGAAUUUUCUGAAGAUGAGGAAACUCUUGUCAUCAAGAUGUAUAAACUAGUUGGGCAGAGGUGGUCUUUAAUUGCUGGAAGAAUUCCUGGAAGAACAGCAGAGGAAAUAGAGAAGUAUUGGACCUCGAGAUUCUCGAGUUCUAGUGAAUGA